AUGGCGGAUCAACUCCUCCAGGCCGUGCACGCCCUGUACCAGAACCCCGACCCCAGCGUGAAGGAGCAGGCCAACGCCUGGCUGGACGCCUGGCAGCAGUCCCCGGAGGCCUGGGCGGUGUCGGAUGCGGUGCUGGCCCGGCCCGACGCGGGGCUGGAGGCCCGGUACCUCUGCGCCCAGACCCUGCGCACCAAGAUCACGCGGGACUACGAGGAGCUGCCCCCCUCCGCGGUGCCCAGUCUGCGCGACAGCCUGCUGCGCAUGCUGUUGGCCACGCGCGACGGCCACGCCGCCACGCGCACGCAGCUGUGCCUGGCCCUGGCCUCCCUGGCGGCCCACCUCCCCGCCGACCAGUGGGCGCCGGCGGGCGGCGGGGUGCUGGCCUGGGCGGAGGCCGCGCUGCUGUCCGGUCCCGUCCCCGCCUGGCCGCUGGCGGUGGAGCUGGCGGGCAUGCUGGCGGCGGAGGGCGCCAGCUUCCAGCCCUCCCUGCGCCCUGCCCGCCGCCGCGCCUUCCUGGAGGAGCUGCUGGCCGCGCUGCCGCGCGCGCUGGGCCUGCUGGGCGCCGCGCUGGGCCGCCCCGGCGUCGACGCCGGCGCGACGCUGGACGCCUUUGCUGCCUGGCUGCGCCUGGGCGCGACCAACGGCGGCGUACCCGCCCCGGCGCUGGCCUCCGCCGGCGCGCUGGUCGACGCCACGCUGGCGGGGCUGGAUGCCGACGGCGAGGACGACCUGCUGUACCAGGCGGUGGAGGCCACUGUGGAGCUGGUCGAGGAGGCCAAGGCCCUGGCCCGCCUCUUCGCCGAGGUGGGGGAGGCCUACACUGAGCUCAUAGCCACGGGCACGCCGCAGGUGAUGGGCCCGCUGGAGGCCAUCCUGGACGUGGCGGCGCACCCCUCGGACAACAUCGCCUCCAUGUCCUUCAACUUCUGGCACCGCCUGUCGCGCGUGCUGACCUCGGGCCUGCAGCCGCAGCCCAUCGGCAGUGGGGGGGCGCAGGAGGGCGCGCUGGCCCCGGAGGAGUCGCGGCGGCGCCUCGCCGUCUUCGCGCCCGUCUUCGAGCGCCUGGUGGGCAUGGUGCGCGGCCGGGUCAGGUUCCCGGACCUCUUCGACUCCUGGCACCGCGACGAGCAGGCCGACUUCAAGCGCGCCAGGGUGGGCGUGGGGGAUACGCUGAUCGACGCGGCCACCGUGCUCGGCGGUGAGGCCAUGCUGCGCCUGCUGGCCGAGCCGCUGUUGGCGCUGAGCGCCGAGGUGGCGCGCGGCGCGCCGCUGGACUGGCGCGGCGCGGAGGCCGCGCUGUACUGCAUCCGUGCCGUGCACCGCUUCGCGCCGCCACCCGGCGACGCGCUGCUGGCCGCGCUGUUCGCCGCGCUGCCGGGGCUGCCGGCGCCGCCGCCAGCGCUGGCCUACACGGUCGCGCUGACCAUCGGCGCCUACGCGGACUGGCUGGCGGCCAGCGCCGCGCUGCCGGGCGGCGGCGGCGCCCAGGUCGGCCCCCUCCUGCGCCUGCUGGUGGCGGGGCUGGGCAGCCCCGAGGCCAGCUCCGCCGCCGCGCUGUCCAUCCGGCGCUUGUGCGAGGGCGCGGCGGCGCAGCUGGCCCCGGAGCUCCCGGCCCUCCUCCGUAUGUUUGCCGAGAUCCAGGGGUCGGGCGACGUCGCCCAGAACGCCUACGAGCAGUAUGACCUGGACGAGGAGGACGUGCAGCAGCUGAUCGUGGGCAUCACCACGGUGAGCAAUACGCUGGCGCCGGGCGCCCAGGCGGCAUGCCUGUCGCAGCUGCUGGAGACGCUUGUGGCGCCCAUGCAGGCUGCGCUGGCGCGCGCUGCGGCCGCGACACGUGCCGGCGCCGAGCCGGGCGCCGAGUCCGGGCUGGGGCUGGUGGUGCCGCUCAUGGAGCGCACCACCACCGUCUUCCGCUCCAGCAGCGACCGCGCCGCGGUCGGCCAGGCGCUGGUCCAGCUCUGGCCCACCAUUGAGGCGGCCUUGGAUCGAUUCGCGGACGACCCCGAGGCGACGGAGCGCAUCCUGCGCGCGCCGCGGUACGGUCUGCGCAGCGCCGGGCGCGCCGGCGCGGGCGCGAUCCCCUCCCUGCUCUCCUCCUUCCCCGCGCGCUUCGCGGCCGGCCACCACCCCGCCUACCUCUACGUCAUCAGCGAGGCGAUCAAGGUCUUUGGCGACGAGCCCGGGUACGUGGCGGUCAUGGAGCCCAUCUUCGCCGCGCUGGUCGCCGCCGCCUGCGCGCGGCUGGGCAGCCUGGCCGCGGUGGGGGCCAGCCCCGACCUGGCCGACGACACCUUCCUGCUGGCGGGGCGGGCGCUGGCCUACUGCCCGGGCCUGGCGCUGACGCCGGGGACGCUGGCGCGCCUGUGCGACGCCGCGCUGGCGGGCCUGCUGGUGCAGCACCGCGAGGCCUGCUGCUCCGUCAUCGGCACCCUUGCCGAGCCGGGGCUGCAUGGCCUCUUGCGAGACGCGGCCGUCUGGGUCUGUGCCAACGAUGAUGAGGUGCACAAGCUGGACACCCUGUGCUUUGGAAAUCUGGAUGGCGGGCCCGGCACGGCGGCCGAGGUCUCCAGCCUGAUCGGGGUGGAGCUGUGCCCAGGGGCAAACGCCGUGCGCCUGGGCCUGGAGGAGGCCUUCUUCCUCGCCCAUGCCCUGGGUAUCCUCUCGGCUCUCUGGCACAGGUGCAUGCAGGCACGGCCCGACUUCCCGGUCAUGUACCUGGGGUACCACCACUACCGGGGCAAGGGCUGGAUUCCACGCACCGGACUGCAGUACGGGGCAGACUACGUGCUGUACCAGAAGCACCCCGCCCUGGCACACAGCGACUACGCAGUCCUGGUCGUGCCCCAGUUUGAGGCACGGGGCCCACGCCUGGAGUGGCACGACCUGCAGACAGCCAACCGCCUCUCUGCCCAGGUGUCCAAGCGCCUGAUCCUGCUCUUUGUUCAAUGCAAUGGAGCUCUGGAAACCAGCAGCCCAAAGUGCCUAGCCAGGUUCUCCGUCCAGGAGAGGCUGAUGAAGCGAUGGGUUCCGGAAUCCCACAGGCCUGUGUAA